CCAGGAGGGAAGGAGUUAACUCCCCCCACCCUGCCCCGCCCGGCGAGCCAGAGCUAUUUAAGAGGCGGCGGAGGCAGCGGCUCCAGGCGGUCACUCCCGCAUCGGCCACGGCAGCAGGUUCCGCGCGCCAGCCCGGCGGCGGGCUCUGGGGCUCGGCCGUCCGCGGGACCCAGGAGCUCCGCGCCCCCGCCGGCCAUGCGGCCCCCCGGAGUGCCGCUCGCCUGGCUCACGCUGCCUAUGCUUGUCCAGGCGGCCCCCGAUGGCUCUUGGUGCUAUGAUUCCCAGAAUCCCCGCUGUGGCCCUUCACACUGGAAGGAUGUCGCCCACACCUGCGGGGGCUCAGCCCAAUCUCCCAUUGACAUUGACCGGCACCAGGCGAAGCCGGACCGGACUCUGGGCCCUUUUGUGUUUGAAGGCUAUGACUCGGCACCCCCGGGCCCGUGGCGGCUUCUGAACGACGGACACACAGUGCUGCUGAGCCUGGAGGGACCCCGGGGCCCGGAGCGGGGCCAGCCGUGCAUCCGGGGCGGGGGCCUGCCCCACGUCUACCGCGCUCUGCAGCUCCACUUCCACUGGGGCGAUCCCACGGCCAAUGGCUCCGAGCACACCCUGGAUGGGCAGCGCCAGCCUAUGGAGAUGCACGUGGUGCACAUGAACACCCGCUACAAGAGUCUGGGGGAGGCCCGGGGCCAUCCCGGAGGCCUGGCCGUGUUAGCCUUCUUCUUCAAGGUGCAGACCGAGGACAAUGACAACUACCACACCAUUGUGACCGGGCUGAAGAACAUUUCUCACCAGGGGCAAUCGGUGGAACUGGCGUCCACCUUCCGCCUGGACAAGCUGCUGCCUGGCCGGGCCCGGCUCUCCCGCUACUACCGCUACUCCGGGUCCCUGACCACACCGGCCUGUGACGAGGUCGUGCUCUGGACUGUCUUUGAGGAGCCCGUCCCCAUCGGCAGGGCCCAGCUGGCCCAGUUUGUGUCCGCCCUUCAGGCCAGUCCCCCGGGGGCUCGGCCCGUCAGCAUGACCAACAACUUCCGCCCGGUGCAGCCCCUCGGGGCCCGGAGGGUCCUGGCCUCCCGGGGGGCCACGGCCAGCGGGGCCCGGGCCUUCUCCCUCCCGACGGAGACGUGGGCCCUGCUCUGCCUGCUCCUGAGCGUGGGGCUGGGCUCCGGGGGAACGCUCUGAGCCUGUGGCUCAGCUUCCCCCUCACUGCUCCUGGGGCUCCCCGGGUACUCCCUAUGGGGGCAUCUGGGGGGGAAGGACCUGGGGCAGGAGAAGCAUCGGGGCAGUCACUGGUGCCCGCCGUGUGACCUUCGAACGCCAGCUUUCUCAUCAAUCCAAUGGAAGAAAGACACCCCCCCCCCCCAUAGACUCAACGGCUGCUGAACCUCAGAUUCCGGGACGCACACAAAGGCUCCGGAGUUCGGCACCGGCCAGAGAGGUUGAAAGGUGCUGGGAGGGACCCAAGCCCAGGGCCGGGAGGCUGCUCAGGCGUCCCCCUCCCGGCCCCAGCAUCCGACCGAGGCUGGGCUGCAAGCUUCCUGGCCUUUUUAUGUGCACAUUCCCAGGCUCACAGGCCUCAAAGCUGGAAGAGACCUCAGGGAUUAUCCAGCUCCAUCCUCACAUGGUAUUGUUUUCAGGCCCCUCCCAGCUCUGACAUCCCCUGUUCUAAGGUUCCCUCCCAGCUCUGACAUCCCCUGUUCUAAGGUUCCCUCCCAGCUCUGACAUCCCCUGUUCUAAGGUUCCCUCCCAGCUCUGACAUUCUGUUCUAGAGCUAAUCACCCCCUCCUGUGGCAUUUAUCCUGACUCCAGCUGUGCCCGCCUAUCCUGCGCUCAGCCAUCCCCGCCUCCUUUCUCCCCCAGUACCUGCUCCCUUUCCCUCCUCUUCCUCACCUGCCCCUUCCCGCCCUUCUCGGCAUCCCCUCAAGUACUAGAGGCUUGUGUCUCAGCCCUCCCUGGGCCUGGAACCUCGGGUGCCUGCUGCAGUUCUGCCCCAUGAGCUGCCACCCUCCCCCAGUGCAAACAGAAAAGAGCCCGUUUUGUUAAUAAACGCCUUUAUCAGGGGCCACCUCUUACAGCACAGCCUUCAUUUUCGGGGAUGGCGAGGGAGGGAAAGCCUCUGGGGUCGUCCUGGGGGUCAAGCUGAGAUGAGGGUGCGGAUGGCAGCGCCUGCAGAGACGAGCUGGGGGCACCGGUGGCAAGCCGCUGAGUGGGG